AUGUCCUCUAAAUUUCUAGAUAUUAGCACCGUUAUUAUUUAUACUGGGAACGUUAUGAAACAGGCAAAUAUUAACACUUUCAAAGACGAGCUUGCAAGUUGUCUCGAAAAUUCUCUAAAAAACGUAUAUUCUUCAUAUAAUAUUGAUCAAACUCGUGGCAUAUUAGAAAUACCGAGCGUUUAUAGCCAAUAUAAACUUAAAGAUCGUAGUGAUUUUGAAAUUACAGCAAAACUAUUUUAUCUUCCAUCAUCAUCCACGUCGCCUGAUAACCCUUCUAUUCCUCCUCCAUCUUACAUUUCUCAAUCACUUUAUCUUUUAUUUCGUUUACUUGUAUUGAGUGAUUUUGAAAAGUUAGCUGAAGUUUGGAAAGAAUUGGAAAGUCAUUAUAGAAACGAUAGAAUUAAAAAAUUGGGUGUGAGCGAAUUUACAAAAAAUAGAUUUGAGAGAUUCUUAGAUGUCGUAGAGAUUCCACCCAAAAUUGAUCAAAUCAAUGUUAAAGGGUGUUGUGAUUUGCCACGCCAAAUGAUUGGCUAUGCGAAGGAACAUGAUAUAGAAUUAUUAACUCAUAGAGAUCCUACUAAUGUUUUGCCAUCAGCAACAUUUCAAAAAAUCUUGAAAAAUACAAAAUUCUCUUUUAAUUCAGAAUUAUUACCACGUUGGGUAUUAAAAUAUUCUGUUCUUAUAAAAUGUCGUGAAGUGGUUGCUAACAAAGGAUACAUUGUUAUGAGUAGUACACCUACUGCAGAUUCUAAUUUCAGAUAUCCAAUAGAAACGAUAGAUUAA